GGGUGGAGGCUGCUCUUGCAGAGGUAAUGAAGUAUGCAAAGGAAGGCGUCCACUACCAACGGUGACAGCGAGUUGUCUUUGCUUGAGGACAGGGUGCCGAGGUACUUUAUAGUCGGUGUGGAUAUGAGAUUCAUGAUCAUGGCAAACGGCGCGGGCUGUGUCAAAGCACGAACACUCUUGCAAAGCUUCAGAGAGUCACCACAUGUACGUGUGGACAGCGAUGUGGAAGACAGUGCAUACAGUCUAAAAGGAAUGGUCCAGUGGAUGUGCAGCGAAGGGAUGUGCGAAGAAGGAGACGUAGACAUGACAAUGCAGCAGAAAAGGGGGACAUAUAAACCUGCGGAUUUCAAGAAGUUGUUGGGCACUGUGGCAAGGAAUGGGGAAAUGCUUGUUGAUGGGUCGAAGGAGGAGUUGAAGAGAGGUGCUGCAGAAAUCUUGGUGUUGUCCAGAAUGAAGAACAUUACACAAACACCGUCAGAAGACUUUCAAGAUGUUCUUGUCAUUGUUCCAGAUGGUGUGGAAUAUGUUCUGCUGGAUCAACUUGUGGGCUUCGUGAAAAAGAGUGCCAACGACAGGAAUGUUAUCCAUGAGGCGUUGCACGAAAUCACGGAGUUUGCACUGCAAGGUCAAGAUCAGAUAGAAUUUGUGCCAGCAAGAACAGAAGACAAUAUCAUAUAUGACAGACCGUUGUGGGGGGAGUUAUUAUCAGCUGCUUUGGAGCGGCUCGGUCUUGCAAGUUGCGAUGUUGAGAGACAAAGAGGAAGAGAAGAAGGGUGAAAGGUGGUGGUCAGGGAAACAAAUUUAGCAAUCAUUC